AUGUCUUCUCGAUUUCUUUUUGAAAGAAUCGGCAGGCAGACGGCCAUCUCCUUUGCCGUCGAGGGCUGCACCAAGAUCGCCAUCACGGACAGCAGCAGCGAGGGGCUGACCGCCACCAAGCAGUCCAUCGAGGCUGUCGCGCCGCACGCCAGUGUCCUUAUUGUCCUGAGCGACGUGCGCCUUGAAAGUGACGUCGAAAGCGGCGUCGCGAGCGCCAUCGAGCAGUUCGGACGGAUCGACUACGCCGUCAACUGCGCAUCUACGGCCCCGGAAUGGCCUCGAGCGACGUCGACCCGUCCGACUUUUGACGACGUCAUGGCUGUCAACGCCCGCGGCGUGUGGCUGUGCGGCCGGGCGCAGGCGCGCCAGAUGAGGACGCAGGAGCCGCUGCCGACGCACGACGGGCGGCCGGGCGCGCGGGGCGCCAUCGUCAACAUCGCGAGCAGCCUCGGCAUCUCCCCGAUACCCGGCAAGACGCCCUAUGCUGCCUCGAAAGCGGCCAUGAUUCAAAUCACAAAGUCGGAUGCCCUCGACAUCCCCCACGACGGCGACGCCGUGCGCGGCAUGCCGAUCCCGCGCAAGUGCUCGCCGCAGGAAAGUGCCGACGUCAUCCUGUUCAUCGUGAGCUCCAAGGCGUCCUUCCUGCAGGGCGCCAUCAUCUCUGCCGACGGCGGACACACCAUCUAA